CAGUGAGUCGCUGGAGAAUAAUCUCGGAAGGGUCUCCCUCCCUCCCACCUCCUCAUCCUCCUCCCCUCCUCCGGUGAGCUCAGCUCCGGGAAGCGCUUGCGGUUGCGCGGGAAGCGCGCGGGCGAGGGAGGCCAUGGCGUUCGGCGGCAGGAGGGGCUCGUCGCGGUGGGGCCUCCCGGUGGUGAGGUCGGAGGCGCUCGGCAAGCUGGGCCCCUCGUUCGGCAUCGGCGCCGGCUGCGGCGUCGGCGUCUGCUUCGGCCUCAUCGGCGGUGCAGGAAUUGGGGCUGGAUUCCCUGGUUUGCAGUUGGGAUUGGGAGCUGGUGCUGGAUGUGGGAUAGGAAUAGGUUUUGGCUAUGGUUUUGGAAAAGGAAUUGCAUAUGAUGAGAACGGGAGAUAUUCAAACAUCAGGAGAUCAUUUCAGAAUUCCAGAAACCUUCCUUACGAUGAACAGUUUGAUAUCCUAUUUGACGAGAUGAUGGAGAGCACCAGGAAGCUGAUCAAAGCGACAUCAAAGGAGAUCGAUAAGUGGAGGCGGAUGUAGAUGAAAACAGCAGUACAGCACAUGAAUGAAGAAGAGCUUGAUAUCCACUAAUAGCUUGAAGCAGUACAGCACGUGCCUAAGCGGGACUGAAAUGAACCCCUUGCUUGCUUGAUGUUACAGCGAAUAUGUUUUCUUCUUCAGGGAUUCAUGAGAUAUUCUGUCAAAUAUUCUACACCAUUGGAGCCCCAGAAGUAUUAAUCUGCAACACCAUGUGCGAGGAGAUGCAACACCAUGUGAUUGCGACGCCAUUUCGCAUUGAAAUAUCCCCCAUGGGCGUCGCUGUCGGUAUUCCGUGCUCAUCUGCGGAAACGCUAUCUGUUUUCGUAUUGAGAAAUUUUGCAGAACUUACCUUUCAAAGGCUCAAAACACUCUAAUCCUUCCAUUACGUGUGCCUUUGUUGACUAGCAAUAGCAAAUGCUGUUUGUUUCGUGUUCUUAA